AUGGUGAGGUUUUUAGCUUCCUGUUGUACUUGUUUGCCUCUUUCAUUCUCUUUAAGAAUGGCUCAUAAAAUCAAAGACAUCAAUCGGAGACUAGGCGAACUUGCCACUGAGUGGAACAGCUUUGAUCUAAGACAGUGUAGCGACAACCGACAUGUUUUUCGCAGAGAAACUCUCUCUUCCGUGGAUUCUUCUGAUGUUAUUGGUAGAGAUGAGGAUAAAGAGAAAAUUAUUAUUAUGUUAAGGAAACCAAGUAAGGAUCGAAAUGUCCCUGUCAUUCCCAUUGCUGGACUUGGGGGUUUAGGGAAAACCACGCUUGCGCAACUCGUAUACAAUGAUGAUCGAGUUAUUACCCUUUUUCCUUUGAAGAUAUGGAUCUGUGUUUCUGAGGAAUUUGAUCUUUCUAGAUUGCUCAAGCUGAUUAUUCAGUCUGUAAAAUGUGAUGAUUUACCACUUAAUGCCUUGCAAGAUCGUUUGAGAAGCCUUUUGAAUGAUAAGAAGUUCUUGCUCGUCCUGGAUGAUGUGUGGAAUGAAAAUCAAGCAAAGUGGGUUCAGUUAAGAAAUUUGUUGAGAUCAAAAGAUGGCUUGUCUCAAAACAAAAUUAUUGUCACCACUCGGAGUUUGAAAGUUGCUUCAAUAAUGAGCUCGAUUCCCCCUUAUGAACCGAAGGGUCUUUCUCUUGAAAACUGUUUGACAUUGUUUACAAAAUGGGCUUUUAAUGAUGGUGAAGAGAGACAUUAUCCAAAUCUCAUUAAAAUCGGGAAGGAGAUUGUGAAAAAAAGCAAAGGGAUUCCUUUAGCAGUAAUAACAUUGGGAAGUUUGCUAUUUAAGAAAACUAAUGAAUCUGAUUGGAUCUCUAUAAAAGAGAGUGAAAUAUGGAGACUUGAGCAAAAGGAAAAUGAUAUUUUACCAGAGUUGAAGUUGAGUUACAAUCAUUUGCCAUCUUCUUUGCAACGAUGCUUAGCUUUUUUGUCCUUGUACAAAAAGGUUGCUAUCUAUAAUAGUAAUGAAGUCAUCCGUCUUUGGAUGGCAAAUGGGCUCCUAGAGCAUCCAAAGCGAAAACAAGAGUGGGAGGAUGUUGGUGAACAAUAUCUGGAAGAAUUACUGUCAAGGUGCCUCAUCCAAAAAGUGACGAGUAGUCCCUUGUAUUUUGCCUUAAAAUUGCAUGUGAGGGAUCGUGGCUUGUAUUUUACCUUCAAAAUGCAUGAUCUAGUACAUGAUCUUGCUUCAGAUGUGUUCCAAAAAGAAUGUGAAAUAGUGAAUUCUCAAACAAAAAUGGUUGACGAAAAAGUUCGGCAUUUAUCAUUUUAUGAUGAAAAGCUGCUCGAAGUUCCGUGGGUUUCGAAGAACUUGAAAAAAGUUCGAACAGUAAUCAUCCAUGAUGUUUCAAAGGAAUCAAAGACUAUUCACAAAUCUCUUAUCAAUCCUUGUGUCUCCAAUUUCAAGUAUCUACGAGCACUUAAAUUACGCUAUUUACCAUUGACGACUUUACCAAAUUCCAUUGGUGCCUUGAAGCACUUAAAAGACCUUGACUUGAGCCAAUGUCAAGGUUUACAGGAACUUCCGAGGUCUUUCUAUAAGCUUCGCAGCUUGCAAUCGUUAAACUUGGAAGAAGAUACUGAUUUGAAGCAGUUGCCUGACAGCGUGCAAAGGUUGAUUGAGAUUAGACAUCUAGAAAUAACCAUUAAAGCUAAGCAUUUGAAAGAAAUACGAGCAGGAUGUUGGACUUCUCUUCAAUACUUGAAGCUGCAUAGCUGUUCCAAAUUAGAAUGUUUACCUGAAGGAAUGCAGUAUCUCAAGUCACUUCGAACACUUGUUCUGUUUGAUUGUGCUAAACUUGUCCCAUUACCACGGAGCCUGAAAUACCUAUCCAAGUUAGAAAACCUUAAAAUAAAUAGUUUCCGGAGAAUCAACUUAGAAAUGGAACCAGAAGAGGAAAAAGAUGACCUUCAGUUGAGCCUUAAAACUUUCUCACUCUUCCAGGAACUUCGGGUUGAUACUUGCAGGAAUUUGUCAGCUCUACCAGAAGGAAUAGGCCGCCUCACCAACCUUAGACAACUUACAAUGGUGGGAUGUCCACAGUUGAGCAAAAGAUACAGACAAAAUGAGGGUGAAGAUUGGCACAAAAUUGCUUACAUCCAAAAGGUUCAUAUUUAUCAUGAUCCUGCUGAUGAGGAGGCAAGUACAGAUGCUGAAUAUGCUGAUGAAGAUUGAGAUGUGAAGAUGGAUGAAUCAAUCAAGCUUGAGGCAGGCCAUGGAAGACUUUCUACUUUAUUUGCAUUUAGAUUUCAAGUUGUGAGUUGUAAUUCUAAUAAGUGAGCUUUUGCUUCAGAGAUUUCAAACUUUUGCUUUAUAACUUUUUAUUUGUAAUAUUUAUUUGAUAUGUAUUCUCAUGGUUUGUUUGUGUUUAUUAUCACUUGUCUUUCAUUUAUUUUUCAAUCUGUUACCUUAUUUUA